GUCAAGGCAGUUUUGUGUUACGCGUUUGUAGUUUUUUAACUAUCGUUUCACGUUUGCAUGGCCUUUGCUUUUUUCCUGCAGCUUGAGACAUAUCAGGCUUGUGUUUAUGUUGAAAAAAAAUUCGAACUUUGUGACAUAUACUUGGCAGCGGCUGACGUUGUAAAAAAGCUGGUAUCUACUCGAGAUGAGAGUAAGAUAGUGGAUAAUAUUACACUCUACUGCAACAAAGAUAAUACGAUUGAUGGUUAUUGUCAAGUUACAAGCACUUCGGAUAUAGUUUCUGGCUGCGUGAUUCAAAUUGUUCUAAAUGAUAAAAUUCAAAUUGAAAGACAAGUACAAGUUGUCGGUCACAAUUUUCAAGUACACAGUUAUCGAUCACCACAUUUUUGUGAUUAUUGUGGGGAAGUAUUAUUUGGUUUGGUACGUCAAGGUCUACGCUGUUCGGGUUGUAGUCAAAAUUUUCACAAAAAAUGCGCGUACAAAAUACCCAACACAUGUACUGGUAUAAGUACUAGAUCAAGUUUAACGAAACAAUCCAGUUUUGAAAUAAAUAACCAAUCAUCGUCCAAUUUGUCAAAAACUACCGUUCAAUCGCAUUCUCUUCAUGGAAAUGAAGACCAAUCUCUCUCAGUUCAGUUUCAGAAAAAUAAAACUCAACGAUCUUUAGAUACCGGUUUGGAGAGCAAGCCAACUGAUUUGAAAAGUCACUUAAAUCAUGAAGCUAAUGAUCAUGAUCUCAGUAAUACAACAAUUCAAAGGUAUAAGACAAUUAUUAAAAUUGGUCAAAUUCAACCAAUCAAUACAUCACCUCUUAGAAAAAGUAGUAUACUACUAGGCAAACCAUUAUGGAGUCAACGAGUUAUUGAAAAACCACUUGAAGUUCCGCAUACAUUCGAGUUGAGACGAAGUGCUAAGCCUAUUGUUUGUCAAAACUGUCAUCGUUUAUUACAUGGAUUAUUUCGGCAAGGUUUACAGUGUAAAGACUGUAAAUUAUGGGUACAUAAGAAAUGCGCCACAUCGAUACCGAACAAUUGUGAUGGUGAACAAUUUUCUCAAGAAGACAAUCCCAUCAAAGAUACACAAUCAAGAAAUUCCUCCUCACUGUCAAUAACAACAUUGUUAGGAGUACAAGAUCCAACGGCAUUAUCAUCAUCAUUAUCAUCCACAUCAUCGUCAUCAAGUGGACCAAGUAAAUUUAAAAAACGUUUAUUUCUUCGUGGACAGACAGUUAGUGCUAUUAAUUCUCAAACUACGAAUGAACAACAACAACAACAACCGGAAACACCAUCAAUCGAUCAAAAACAAAACAGAUUUUUACAUACAACACAAAGACAAGUAACUGAAGAAAAUCUAUGCUCACCCUCAAAAAAUGAACUGACAGAAAUUCAACCACAUUUUGUAGAGCCAACAUCAAAAUUAUUAUCUUCAUCAAAUUCUUCCACUGAUAAUAAAUUAAUUCAUUCUACUGAUGUACAAAAUAUUCAGUCAACAAUUGAAGAACGUAAAGCACAUUUUCGUGCACAACAUCAAAUUAAACAACUAUGUGAACCGGAUAUGAAAUUUAAUGAUUUAGUUAAAUCAGCUGAUACCGAUCCACAGAGCAAUGAAAAUGUUGAUCAAACAACUCAUUUACAAAUGGAUUUACAUAACUUAUCAACUGAUUUAAGGAGUUCAAUUGAAAGACCUUUGGUAAAGGUUAAUCCAUUGUUAUGUGGACAACGAAAUAUUCCAUUGAUGCGUGUAGUUCAAUCAGUUCGUCAUACUAAACGUUCUGGAAGUAGUUUAAUCAUUAGAGAAACUUGGAUGGUUCAUAGAACUAACAAGGAUCCAGUUUUGCGUCGACAUUUUUGGCGUCUUGGGACUAAAUCAAUAACAAUGUUUUAUCAUGAGAAAACAAACCGUUAUUUCAAGGAACUUAAUUUAAACGAUAUCAUUUGUUUGGAACCAGCUGGUACAAAUCCUUAUCCAUGGUGUCAUCCAAACACUUCUCAGGCUACUACUACUACUACUACUACUAAUACUAAUACUAAUACUACUACUACUACUACUACUACUACUACUACAAUAACCACAACAAAUAAUUGGCCAAAUACUUUUAAUAAAAAUAUAAAUGAUUGUGAUACUCGUUUGAAGUUAUUUAAUCUUAAUGAAUUCACUACAAGGUUAAUUAAAAAUAGUAAUAACGAUAUAAAAUUAGAUAAUUCACCUAUUAUACCAGAUCAUGUGUUUGAAUUACGUUGUGUUGAUGAUUUAAUUUAUUAUGUUGGUCAGUUAGGUUAUAUGGAAAGUUUAGAUAAUGAAAAUGAUACUUCAUUAUUGUUUAAAUUACAUUCUCGGCGUAAAUCACAUUUUCCGGCAUUGCCAUCAGCUGUAUCUUAUGUACGUAAAGCUUCUGCUCCACUGUAUGGUUUAGUAUACUUACCUGAACCACCAUCACAGCCACCGUUAUCAUCAUCAUCAUUAUUGACUACAGAUAUGAAAUCAUCUAAUUUCUUAAAAGUUGAUUUAUCUCAAUGUAUGAAAACUCAAAUGACUGGUAAUUGUAUACAAGAAAAUUCCAUAAGUGAUGGUUGUUAUCGUGCAGCGAUUCUUCCACCACCUCCAGGAACUGGUUUGGAUUUAGCAAAACAUUUAGAAACAGCUAUACGUCAAUCAAUGCUACCUUUAACUUCAAGAACAAGUUCACAGAAAAAUACUACAAUCAACAAUUUAAAUUAUCAAUCUACAAAAAAAGUGCAACAACAAGGAGAUAAAGAAAUCUUGGAACAGACUCAUGGUGCACAAAAAUCCAUAACUUCAUCAAUUACAAAUAAUAAAUUUAUUAUACCAAAACUUAUGACAAUUAAUUCAUCAAUAUGUAAAGAUCCAGUCAACAUAUCAGAGUGUUCACAAAUUUGUAAUGAAGAAGUUGAUGAAAAAACUACGGAAAUAUCAGAUUUAGAAAAAGCUGAAGAAGAUGAUGAUGGUACAGGGAGUUCAAUAAGUGCUUUUAUUGAAAGUAAACAACCUAGUGAUAAUGUUCAAGCAUUGUAUGAAAUAUUUCCAGAUGAAGUUUUAGGCUCUGGACAAUUCGGUAUUGUUUAUGGAGGUAUACAUCGUAAGACGAAACGUGAAGUGGCCAUUAAAGUCAUUGACAAAUUACGAUUCCCUACUAAAAGAGAGGCGCAACUAAAGAAUGAAGUAUCCAUUCUGCGUAAUCUUAAUCACCCUGGAGUGGUAAAUCUUGAAAGAAUGUUUGAAACACCAAAGCGCGUAAGUUGUCGAAAUUUUGAGUGCCAUUGUGACAAAUUCCUAACGGAUAGCAAACAAAUAAAUGUACCGAUUUUAUGUGCGCUCCAUGCGAAUAUCUUAAUAUGUACAGUCACGUGAAUAAGAUGAGCAAUCGAAACUAUGGAGGGUAACCAUGAGACAAUCCUAUCCUGGUUAUGAGUUCUGCAUAUGACCACUAAACAUAAACUCCAUGUUAACGGAUAAACACCAAAGACAAUAAUGACAACAAUUACUUAUAAUAAAAUUUUGGGUCUUAAUAUAUCUCCGCACUACCCGUACGACCUCAUCCGAUCGAUUGAUAUUUCUACAGUGAGUAUACAUUCAGUAAAUUUGUAAAACUAAACACUAAAAGUUCAGAAAUACUAUAGGCUGAAGUAAAAGUACACUGCACAUAUUACUAUCAAGACAUUGUUCGGUUCAAAACUUACAUAUGACUGAACAGAGGAACAUAUAGAUUCAGCAGGCAGCCAAGACAGGAUGCAGUAAGAUUUAUUUGAUACUCAUAAUUGAUGAGACGAGUGGGACUUUACAAAUGGUUAGACAUUACUUCUAAGUAUAGUAUCUUACACAGCUGUUGGUCUCGAAUCUGCUUUGCUAAAUGACAGAGGAAUUCGGAUUUCGCCCUCUAGUUCGCAAGCCAUAACCCCUUCUGAAUGUCAGUUUGAGCGACUAUGUGGUAACUCGUGGUCAUCUACCUGUAGAGUGAGCUAAUAAACUGAAUUUAGUUUCUUAAUGUACUCUUUUUUUCUCUGAAGUGGCUUACUCGGGGUCACGAAGCGUCAGAAAAUUUAAUUUAGUUAACUCAUCGUAAUCAAUUCACUAACAGAGUUUGUGUUUGGACGUUUUAUUCUUCAGGUAUUUGUGGUAAUGGAAAAACUAGCAGGUGACAUGCUGGAAAUGAUCCUUGGAUCGCCACAAGGUCGACUGACAGAACGAGUUACGAAAUACCUGGUGACACAAAUACUAGUCGCUUUGCGAUAUCUCCACCUGCGAAGCAUAGUACAUUGUGAUCUCAAGCCAGAAAAUGUCCUACUGGCUAUACCACCUAACACAGAUGUGAAUAAUAUGGGACUCCCAGAAGUUUCUCAGGUAAGAUGUGUAAGAACCUCGGAUAACACCUAUGCCAUUAAAAAAUGGCAGCAUAAGCAAGCAUACGUUGCGGUGGUGAGCAGCCGAUUACACCGACCGUGAGUAAUACGGCCACUCAAAUGUCAUCCAAAGCAGCACAAAUACCACGUCGCUUCACCCCGCAGAAACAAGAACAGAUUGCCGUCAUGUGCUUAUGUGCAACCAAAUGAAAUUAUCUAUGGUUAAAAGAGCAGGAAACUGCUCUCCUUGAAACUUAACCCCCAUCCCAUUUUUUUCUAUUUACAGAGUGUAGCCCAACAGUUUCCCCAGAUCAAGCUGUGCGACUUUGGAUUCGCAAGGAUUAUAGGCGAUAAGUCCUUCAGACGAUCGUUGGUUGGUACACCAGCAUACCUAGGUAAGUUAAGAACUUAAGUCGUAAUAAAAGGUGGUCUUAGAGAUUUGAGAAAAGAUCAUGGGAUUACAAUGAUAUGACACUCCACUUUUUAUUUCAGCUCCUGAAGUACUGAAAAACCGUGGAUACAACCGAGGGAUCGACAUGUGGUCUGUUGGAGUGAUACUUUAUGUAAGGUAAAUCAGAUUAUGUCGAAUCUAGUUAACGUGCCUGAAAUUGGUAGUCUUAGUGGGACAUUUCCGUUUAAUGAAGAGGAGGAUAUAGCCGAACAAAUAGAAAAUGCCGAAUUUAUGUAUCCAAGUGACCCGUGGGACAACAUAUCUGAAGACGGUAAGACCCACUUUAGGAAAUAUAUGUAUUCUUAUAAGCCAUACACCUAAUAACACAUUUGCUGCAAGUACGUCUCCGAAACCGAUUCUCCGUUGAGAGAAGCCUUAACCACAUUUGGAUGCAGGUAAGCUCAUUCAAUACGCAACUAAAAGCGAUUUAAUUUACGGAGGUAUAAGUACCCGCCAGCUCAACUCUUAAUCUAAAAUAAACCAACUUGAUUUCUAAAACUGAGCUUUAUCGUUUUGACAGGACUACAUAUGUUGGUGCGAUUUACGUCGGUUGGAAGCCACACUCUCAAAUGAAAGUCGGUUUCUUACUGCAAAUGCAGAUGAUGCACGGUGGGAAAGAUAUCGUGAAAAGUGGAACAGCGAGAUUGAUGCAGAACCAAGGAACCAUGUUUCCGAUCAGACGUCAUGCAAGCUUCCUACAUGGAAGGAACUCGCUUGGAGAACAGACAAAUUUUUAGCUCAUAUACUUACAACCAAAUGAACUUGUACGAAACCCAUUGUGAUAUAAUAAAAAACUUUUAAUGAUUG